UAUGCUAGAGCGUGCCAAGAAAGUAAUCGCCUGUGAAAUUGAUACACGACUCGCUGCUGAGUUGCAAAAGCGUGUACAAGCAACAGCGCUACAGCCAAAAUUACAAGUACUAAUCGGUGACUUUCUCAAAGCCGAACUACCAUUCUUCGAUUUAUGCAUUGCCAACGUACCAUAUCAAAUUAGUUCGCCGCUAAUUUUCAAAUUACUGCUACACCGGCCACUCUUUCGUUGCGCUGUGCUAAUGUUUCAGCGUGAAUUCGCACAACGGCUAGUUGCCAAGCCAGGUGACAAGCUCUAUUGUCGUCUAAGUAUCAAUACACAGUUGCUAGCGCGUGUCGAUAUGCUAAUGAAGGUUGGUAGGAAUAAUUUUAAACCACCGCCGAAAGUAGAAUCAAGCGUUGUGCGACUAGAGCCAAAGAACCCGCCACCGCCAGUUAAUUUUACCGAAUGGGAUGGUCUAACCCGCAUUGCAUUUCUGCGUAAAAACAAAACAUUAGGUGCAGCUUUUAAAAUAAAUUCGGUAAUCGAGAUGCUGGAGAAAAACUACAAGUUACACCUAUCGCUGCACAAUAAGCCACUCGAAGCUGAUUUUAGUAUGCAGGCCAAAGUAAUGGACAUCUUAAAAAAAUUAGAAAUGGAAAAUGCGCGUGCACGCUCUAUGGAUUUAGAUGAUUUUAUGAAAUUGCUGUUGGCAUUCAAUUACAAAGGUAUACACUUUAAUUAGCACACUAUGUAUAGAAAUUGUGAAUAACUAAACUUAGUAUAAGAACCCUAAAUAAAAAACGAAAGGCGUCACAAUUAGCCAAAUUUAAUUGCUAAUUAAAUGAUGUGCCGUUUAUACAUACAUAUAACCAAAUCAACA